AAACCAUCUCAUGCAAAAUAGUCAGCACAGUUUGCUGCGGGCUAGCUAACAGCAGCAAUAUAGUCCAUGACUGAACAUAGCUACAUUUCCCGAAAAUGAAGACGGCAUUGCGGUGGUAAAUAUAUCUGUAACAUUUACAAUAAGUAGUGAACUCAGACUCGAUGCCAGUAGCCAGAAGAGCUAUAAUUUAGCUAGCGCUUGAACCGCAGUUCCAUCAUCAUGGCAUCCUCACUGCGAAGCGAAGUCCGCUCUGGCGAAGGGACUUUGGGAGCGCUGCCCGGGGCUCGGCCACAGCUUCGCUCGCACCUCCUACACGCCACAAACACCACAGGUUCCCCUGGGUCUCAAAUGGUGGAGUCUGUGGACGAUGCGGAGGGUUUGUAUGUCGCCGUGGAGCGAUGUCCUCUCUGCAACACCGCCAGGCGCAGGCUGACGUGCGCCCGAUGCAUCCAUGCAGGCGAUUUUAUAUACUUCGACGGUAGAAACCCUGAACGAUACACUGACAAAUUGGAAAGACUUAAAAUGCUGAAGGUGGAGAAAGAACGUUUCCAACACAUGGUCAUUACAGCCAUGGACAAGAAAGUCCAGGCAGAUCAGCUGAAAUGGAAGAUCAUGUCAUGCAAGAUGAAAAUAGAGCAGCUGAAGGAGGCUAUUGGUUGUGGGAAUGAAGAGGUGAAAAGUGGUAAGGACCUGCUGCUUCGCUCCCAAGAAGAGAGCCAGAGGCUGCAGCGGCGUGCCAGCCGCCAUCAGGAGAAGAGGGACAAGAUAGAGAGACACAACCUGCGGCUGGGAGAGCUGCUGGAGAAGAGGGGCAAGGAGCUGCAGGGUCGUCUGGAGCACCUGGCUGAGGUCCGCAGAGGACACAUCCUGGAGCUCACCGCUCACAUCUUCCCCACACAGGAGGAGAAACAGGGUAGCAGGGACCCAGCAGACGUGUUGUCGGAGUGUGACUUGGCCCUGACCUCCAGCACAGUGAGUGAGUUGGCUGAGGCCCGCCGCACCACCUACCUGUCAGGGCGCUGGAUCUGGGAUGACCAGAAUGGAGAGACCUCCAUUAGCAUCACUGGACCCAGGGUCACGCUGCCCAGCAACGGGGACUGCUCCCCCUAUUACAGCUGGGUGGAUGAGAAGAGCACCAACGAGGGGCCCGAGCUGGACCACAUCAACCCAGCCCACACCAUCAGUGCAGCCCUCUGUUUUGCUACCCAGCUCAUCAACAUCCUCUCUCACAUCCUGGAUGUCAAUCUGCCCAAGAAGUUGUGUAACAGUGAGUUCUGUGGUGACAGCCUGAGCAGGUACAGGUUCACCCGGGCUGUCACCAAGCUCAACACCAACAUCCUUCACCUCUGCUUCUCACAGCAUGUUGAGAGUGAGCUGCUGCACCCUCACCACACCCUGAGGAACAUCAUGUUCCUUGUCUCUCCUGACAACAAAAACCUGGGCAGGACGGGUCCGUACGAGGUGACUGCUGACCUGGAGGACUCCAUGGAGUUUGUUGAGCCAGAGGCGGCCGGCCCAGCAGAGGAAAGCGGGGAUGAGAUGGUGACGGAUGAGGAGACAGACCUGGGGACAGACUGGGAAACGGUCCCCAGCCCGCGCUUCUGUGACAUCCCCUCCCAACCCAUGGACCUGUCCCAGAGCACGGCCAUGCAGGUGUCCCAGCCCGUGGGCCAGGCCGGGGGCAUGAUCUCCUCAGCAGCAGCAUCCGUCACCUCCUGGUUUCGGGCCUACACCGGCCAGCGCUGAGGGAGCCUGGGGACUCACUGGCCAGGGUCGUAUAUAUUAGAGCACACUAGAAAAACGUUUUGCAACGUAGAAUAAAAACACGUUUUUUUUUUUUAUUGAACAAGUUCAGGUAGUGUUUCAGUCCGUUUGGUGUCUAAUGAAUGCACCCCAGGACUGGCUGGAGCUAUGCAGCACUGCCACCGACCACCACACAGAGACUGUUCUGUUCUGGCCUAUGCCUGUAGUCAGCCUGCAGUCCUGGUCCACUACCACCAAGAAGGGAUAUUUGUUUUUACUAAAUUGCAUGACUGAAUCCCUGUCAUUGACAGCAGUGAUUUUUCUGAUAAAAAAUGGUUAUAGUGUGAAAGACUGUCGCUUGGGGAGGGUGUUAUUCAAAGAGUAGUCUCUCACAACUCUCGGCCAUCUGCACGCUCCAUCCCAGUUGUUGUGAGAAGACAAUUCAAAGAGAGACUGGAGCUUCUGUUGCUUUCCCGUGUACCCAUCCAUAUUGUCGGUUCUUAAUGUUUCUUUACUACAUCCCAAAUGGUACCCUAUGCCUUAUAUAGUGCACAACGUUUGACCAGAGCCCUAUGGGCCUUGGUCAAAAGUAGUGUACUACAUAGGGACUUCCUUCCUGCUGCAUUACAACAAAAUGUUUUGUGUAAGGAUUGUGUUUUGAAGACUGACGAAUGCCAAACAAGGGGCAUGACCUUAGUUAUUCUCACUAAAUGAUGGCAUGGCACUUUCUUUGUUUUACUUCAAAUGCUGUUUACUUACCAGGUGUGUGUGGUGGUGGUGGUGGUGGUGGGGGGGGGGGCACAAACUUGACUGCAGCAGUUCAAUGUUGGGGAGAGAGAUGAACUAGUGGCAUUUGUUUUCCUCAGAAGGGUAGAUUUAUACUAUUUAUAGUAACAUGGGUGCCUAAAACCUCAUUGGUGUGUUUUGUGGGUCUUUAUACAGGUGAUUCGAACAGUGACAUAGGUGGCUUAAAUGAUAGGAUAGGACACAAUACAGUUGUGGUCUGAAGUUCACAUACACCUUAGCCAAAUACAUUUAAACUCAGUUUUUCACAAUUCCUGACACUUUGGAAGUAUGCUUGGGGUCAUUGUCCAUUUGGAAGACCCAUUUGUGACCAAGCUUUAACUUCCUGACUGAUGUCUUGAAAUGUUGCGUCAAUAUAUCCACAUCAUUUUCCUUCCUCAUGAAGCCAUCUAUUUUGUGAUGUGGACCAGUCUCUCCUGCAGCAAAGCACCCCCACAACAUGAUGCUGCCACCCCCGUGCUUCACGGUUGGGAUGGUGUUCUUCGGCUUGCAAGCCUCCCCCUUUUUCCUCCAAACAUAAUGAUGGUCAUUAUGGCCAAACAGUUCUGUUUUUGUUUCAUCAGACCAGAGGACAUUUCUCCAAAAAGUAUGAUCUUUGUCCCCAUGUGCAGUUACAAACCGUAGUCUGGCUUUUUUAUGGCGGUUUUGGAGCAGUGACUUUCUGAGCGGCCUUUCAGGUUAUGUUGAUACAGGAUUCAUUUUACUGUGAAUAUAGAUACCUUUGUACCUGUUUCCUCCAGCAUCUUCACAAGGUCCUUUGCUGUUGUUCUGGGAUUGAUUUGCACUUUUCGCACCAAAGUACGUUCAUCUCUAGGAGACAGAACGCAUCUCCUUCAUGAGUGGUAUGACGGCUGUGUUGUCCCAUGGUGUUUAUACUUGCAUACUUUUGUUUGUACAGAUGAUCGUGGUACCUUCAGGCAUUUAGAAAUUGCUCCCAAGGAUGAACCAGACUUGUGGAGGUCUACAUUUCUUUUUCUGAGGUCUUGGCUGAUUUCUCUUUGAUUUUUCCCAUGAUGUCAUGCCUUGAAAUACAUCCACAGGUACACCUCCAAUUGACUCAGGCUAAUUGACAUAAUUUAUCAGAAGCUUCUAAAGCCAUGACAUAAUUUUCUGGAAUUUUCCAAGCUGUUAAAGGCACAGUCAACUGAGUGUAUGUAAACUUCUGACCAACUGGAAUUGUGAUACAGUGAAUUAAGUGAAAAAAUCUGUCUGUGAACAAUUGUUGGAAAAAUGACUUGUCAUGCACAAAGGAGAUGGCCUAACCGACUUGCCAAAACAAUAGUUUGUUCAGAAGAAAUUUGUGGAUUGGUUGAAAAACAAGUUUUAUUGACUCCAACCUAAGUAUAUGUAAACUUCCGACUUCAAUUGUACAUCUUUGGCUUACUUCAUAAGAUGUUUAGUUUAUUUUUCUUAUUCAGGGCUUGUAGAACUUAAUUUUGAAAUGACUGUUAAUGCAGAUUAAGCAUUUACCACUGUCACAAUAAGCAAUAUUUCACAUGACAAAAAUGAAGACCCCUGUAAUUACCUUUUUAUAGUGACAAAAUAGGUUGUGUUUAAAAAAUAAUAAUAAUAAAAAAAAGGAUUAAUGAUU